AUUCGGAGGGCGGAGUCUACCCUCUUUCUUUCUCUCUCGAAUAUGUUCGUUUUUCUUAAAAUAGUUUAAUUUAAUGACACGUCAGGCUCCGAUUAUCCUGCUAAGCAAGCCACGUGGAUACCUCACAAAGGCCUAUAAAUACCCCCAGGGGCCACCUCAGAAAGGUCUUCCUGGAGUGCAAGUGCGGACUGAAGAAGGACUUCUGGUCUGGUGCAAUUACAUUGGCGCCGUCUGUGGGAAUCGAACUGAAAGCUUUCUAGUUGCUCUUCCAUCAUGGUUUACACUCGAUCAGUCCGAGCUGGUCCCAAUUGUGUUCCCUCCUGUUGAUCAGGUAGAAGGAGGAGAUGAAAACCAACCUCAUGCCUCAGCUCACAAUUCAACUUCCACUGCCAACCAAGACGUAGUGACAGCUCAGCUUGCUGCCAUGCAGCAACAAUUCGCUCCACAACAGAAUCCUCAACCGGUUCCACCUGCUCUUGCUAUUAGCGAAUCUCAGGGUCAAUCCCACAUAACACCUGCUCAACAACCCAUCCCUGAUGAUGUUACUCGCCGCCUCGAUAGCUUGGAAAAGCUAGUAGCUGAACACCGAGGUGCUCCACCACCACACCAUGCUGUUGAUUCUAUACCUCACCCUCUGAAUACCAACAUUACAUUGGAAACCUAUCCUGUUGGCUUCAAAAUACCACAACUGGAGACUUAUGACGGGACGAAGGAUCCCGAUGAUCAUUUGCAUGCUUUAUACUCUUGCAUGCAAGCUCAAAACGCCUCUGACGCAUUGAUGUGCAAGAUCUUCCCCUCUACUCUCCGAGGUAAUGCCCGAACUUGGUAUUACAGUUUACCUCCGAGGUUAAUUAGCUCUUAUACAGACAUGGCAUCUGCCUUUGCCACUAAGUUUUCCAGUAGAAGGUUGAUUAGGAAAACUACUUCUGAGCUGAUGCGAGUUAAACAGAGGGAUGGAGAAUCUCUGAAGAACUAUAUGAGUAGGUUCAAUGAUGUAGUUUUAGAGGUUAGUUCCUUUGAUCAAGCUGUGGGAAUUGCAGCUGUGAUCUCCGGUCUCAAGCAUGACAGGUUCAGAGAUAGUUUGAUCAAACAUGUUGCCACCACCUUUAGCGAGGAAAAGGAUGAGGAUGGCGCAGAACAGAGGUCCGAUGUUGACCUCCCCAAUGAGAGUCAGAAGGCCGAACUCAACACCCCCGCAACAAUCUACAGCUCAGAAAGGAAUGUGAAUGAGUAUGUUCAGAGAGCUGAACAACUGAGGUUUGUCAGAGAGCAGAGGUCGCAGCCUCAAGGAGUCCGCAAUCCCCUAAAUAGACAAGGUGUGGGAUAUCAGCAAGCCACACCUCCGCUCCCACCACUAGCUAGAAUCAUACACAUGAUUACGGGAGGCCUUGAAGCAGUUGUUACACCCCACAAUGAUCCCUUGGUCACUUCUGUCAUAAUUAACAACUGUGAAGUACAGCGUGUCCUUGUUGAUACCGGAAGUGCACCAAAUAUCAUGUACUUCCAUUGUUUCGAGAGUCUUGGGCUGGAUCCAGCGUUGUUGCAGAAAUAUGAUGGUCCUAUUUAUGGCUUCAACAACCAACCUGUUCCGGUGGAAGGAGUUCUUACCCUCCAUGUGGCUUUUGGGAGUGGCCGAACCUAUGUAACCCCUUCAGUCCGCUGUGGUUUCCCAGUCUCACCUCUGUAUGAAGUUCCCAACUCCUAUGGGAAUAGCAACACUGUGAGGAAACCAGGAGGUGGCCAGACAUUGUUAUAUCACCUUAAGAUCGUCGAUAAUCGACCGGACGAUGAAACCAGAGCUGCUCCGAUCAAAGAUGUUGAAGAAGUGCUCAUUGAUGACAGAGAUCCGAGCCGAAAGAUGCAAAUCGGAACUAGAUUGAACCCGAAAGAGAGAGCAGAGCUGAUAGCUUUUCUCCGAGCUAACAAUGAUGUAUUCGCAUGGACUUCGGCAGAUAUGCCAGGAAUUCCAAAAUCAGUGUCUCAACAUAAGCUCAGCACCAACCCAUUGAAGAAAACCAGUGGCCCAGAAGCGAUGUCUCUUCGGGGAGUCCUAGUGAAGAAGGCAAACGGUAAAUGGCGAAUGUGUAUCGAUUACACAAAUCUUAACCACGCCUGCCCUAAGGAUUGUUAUCCGAUGCCGAGCAUUGACAGAUUAGUUGAAGCGGCUUCAGGCAAUGAGAGGUUAAGCCUCUUGGAUGCAUAUUCUGGCCGGAAAGCAGAAGACCAUCUAGCCGAUCUUGAUGAAACCUUCAACAACCUCAGAAAGAACAGGAUGCGGUUGAACCCAGCCAAAUGUAUUUUAGGUGUGGAGUUUGGAAAGUUUCUGGGUUUCAUGGUGUCCCGAAGAGGGAUUGAGGUUAAUCCAGAAAAAAUCAGAGCAAUUGCUGAGAUGGAACCACCGAAAUCAGUAAAAGAUAUACAGAGGUUGACUGGAAGAGUGGCAGCUCUUCAUCGAUUCAUAUCGAAGUCAGUAGAUAAGUGCCUGCCAUUCUUCAAGAUUAUGAGGUCGGCCGCCCAGAAGGAUGAAUCAGGAAAACAGAAGAAAUUUGAAUGGAGUCAGGAGUGCCAGACUGCAUUCGACAAGCUGAAGUCUUAUCUUAGCUCGCCACCUCUACUGACUAAGGCCAUCGAUGGGGAAAUUCUUUAUUUGUAUCUGGGGAUUUCAGAUGAAGCGAUUAGUUCAGUUCUGCAAGGGUUCAGGGGCUGGCGCCUCUUGAUUGGUCCAGAGGGAUACCAAAGUGAACAUGCCCUGAAGUUCAACUUUGAUGCGACAAAUAACAUGGCUGAGUAUGAAGCUCUACUACUUGGUUUACAACUAGCACUGGAGUUGAAAAUCAGUGCAAUUCAAGUGUACAGUGAUUCCCAGCUGGUGGUAAACCAAAUCAACUCUAUCUGUGAAGUUGUUGAUCCUGUGAUGGUGAAGUAUGUAGCCUUGGUGGCCGAGCUGAAGUGCAAAUUCCAGAAAUUCUGUCUGAGUAAAAUCCCCCGAGCUGAGAAUGAACAGGCAGAUUCACUCUCCAAGUUUGCCUCUGAUAGCUCUUUAAGUUCCAGAUCCGUUUUUGUAGAGAUCUUAGAUGAACCAAGCUUUAUGAAGCCUCGGGUGAUGGAGAUUAGCACAAACCCAGACACGCCGAGCUGGACUGAUUCAAUUGUCUCCUUUUUGCGAGAUGGGAUAGUACCUGAAGAUAGGCAGGAGGCAAUGAAGUUGAGAAAGAAAGCAUCUCGGUAUACCCUCGUUGAUGGGGUCCUGUAUAAGAGAUCUUUCUCACUUCCUCUUCUACAGUGUUUAAACCCCUAUGAAGCUGAAUAUGCACUUCGAGAGGUGCAUGAAGGUGUCUGUGGGAGCCAUGUCGGUGCUAGGACUCUGGCUCACAAAGUCUUAAGGCAAGGAUACUACUGGCCAAACAUGCAUAAAGAUGCCACUUACUUUGUUAAGAAAUGCCCGAAAUGUCAAUUCUUCGCACAUUUAACUCACCAACCAGCAGAAGAACUCACGAACAUGGUAGCACCGUGGCCAUUUUCUCAGUGGGGAUUGGAUCUUUUAGGCCCAUUCAUGAAGGGGGUUGGUGGUGUAACUCAUCUCGUUGUUGGUGUGGAUUAUUUCUCAAAGUGGGUAGAAGCUCGGCCUUUAUCUAGUCUUACCUCUAAGAAGGUCGAAGACUUUGUUUUCAGCUCGAUCAUCUGUAGAUAUGGGAUCCCGAAUCAGAUUGUAGCCGAUAAUGGAACCCAAUUCAAUUGCUCUUUAUUCCGAGAUUUCUGUUCCAGUAUAAAGCCGAGAUUGGAACAGCAUAAGGCCAAGUGGGCAGAAGAGCUCAACAACGUCCUCUGGGCAUACAGAACCACGAGCCGAACUGCCACAGGUGAAACACUCUACCACUUGGCCUUUGGUACCGAAGCAGUCAUUCCUGUUGAAAUAGGAGUCCCAAGCCUCCGGGUUACCCAUUUCGAUGAAGGACGAAAUGGACAACUGCUUCAGGAAAACCUUGAUCUGCUUGUUGAAGUCAGAGAAGAAGCUCGGCUUCGAACUCUUGUAUACAAGCAGAAACUAGCCAACUUCUACAAUAAACGGGUCCGCCCUUGAACAUUCAAAGUAGGAGACCUGGUUCUCAGAAAAGCUGGCCUAACGGGGUUUGAAACUCGUUUUGGCAAACUUGCCCCAAAUUGGGAAGGCCCUUAUGCCGUGGCCGAAGUGCCACAUCUUGGCGCCUAUGUCCUCCAAGACGCUGAGGGAAACAGAGUUCCUAGAGUCUGGAAUGUCAAUAACUUGAAGAAAUUUUACCCCUAAUAAAAUUCUUUCAAGAGAUCUAUGUCUUGCUGUUCUCUACGCUUCUCACUUCAUGUUAGUUGAGAUUCAUUUUACCUCUUAUUCUAUGUAUCUGAGGUCAAUCAGUUCAUUCAUUCCUUGAACCUCAUUUCUGUUAAUAAAUGUCACUUGACAUU